AUGGAACAACGUAAUAUUGAACAGCGGUACGCGAUUAAAUUUUGCGUUAAACUCGGUGAUUCCGUUAUGAAAACGUACGGUAAAUUGGUGAAAGUGUUCGGUGAUGAAGCCCUAAGUCGUGCUCAGGUGUUUCGAUGGCAUAAAAAUUUUAAAAAUGGUCGUGAAAGCGUCGGGGAUGAACCGCGAAGUGGGAGACCGGUUGAAUCUCGAACUGACAACAAUGUUCAGCGUGUUCGCACUCUCGUGCGUCAAGAUCGGCGUUCAACCGUUCGAAUAUUGGCUGAUGAACUUAAUUUGAAACGAGAAACCGUUAGAAAAAUUUUAACUGAUGAUUUGUCCAUGAAAAAACUGUGUGCCAAGAUGGUACCGAAGAACCUUUCGGCGGAGCAAAAACACGUGCGAAUGUCCAUUUCACAGGAUUGUCUGGAACAGGUUGAAGCUGAUCCAACUCUUCUCGAUCGUGUUAUUACUGGUGAUAAAAGUUGGUAUUUUCAGUACGAUCCCGAAACAAAACGACAAAGUCAACAGUGGCUGUCUCCUGGUGCAGCCAGACCGAAGAAGGCGAGAAUGAACAAAUCAAAAGUGAAAACGAUGAUGAUUUGUUUCUUUGACAGCAAAGAAUACUAG